GCAAUCCAGAACUACCAAGAGCAGUUAACAUAACUUGGUCUUCAAUCAAUUUUAAAACUAUACUACAGUGGCAACCAAAACCAUCGGGUUACUUUUAUACAGUAGAAAUACACGGACAGACAUCUGACACCAAAAAAAAAUGCAUAAUGACAGCAGAAACAGAGUGUGAUGUUACUGACGUGCUCAGGAAUGUAAACGAGACCUACACAGCACACAUACUGUCUGUAAUGUCCUCGGGGAUGGAUAACUUUGAAGAACCACCUUUUGCAGUCUCUGAAAAAUUUACGCCUUAUAGUCAGACUGUUCUCGGGAAACCGGAGAUAAAGAAUUACACACAAAAAGGUUCCAAACUGGAUGUUGUGUUCCAAGAUCCACUUACACCAUAUACAUUUCCUAAUGGAAGCUUUCAAAGUAUUCGAGAUAUUUUCCAACAUGACCUGGAAUACAAACUCUAUUACUGGAAAGAUCAAAGUUCUGGAAAGAAAGAUGCAACAACAAAAAGCCAUAAAUUUGAAUUAAGUGUUGACAGCACAAAGAACUAUUGCUUCUACGUACAGGGAAUGAUUCCCUCCCGCAGAGAAAACCGUAAUGGUCAAGAAAGCAUGGUGCUUUGUACCAGUGUAGGAAGAAGUAUCUUAGAUGAAUAUGGAGCAGAAGUCUUUAUCAUCAUAGCCGUGAUAGCGCUUGCGGUCAUCACGCUUGCCAUUGUGCUGUCAGUGAUCCUGUGUAAACGCAAGAAAGCAAAAGCUGCAAGAGAAAAGGAACCGCUUAAUGGUGUCUAA